AUGAUUGUAGCCCGCAAAUUUUUGAUCAAAAUGAGACUGUUAUCAAUUGUGUGUCAAAAUCAAUUAGAAGAAGUAACUAAUGAAAAUUAUCAGUUGCUCAUUGGUGAUAGCGAAGAACUAGUAGCUCGAUUUCUGAAAGCCUUUGAUGAUAAAACAAUCGAUCGUAUGCUAAUAGUAAACCCAGACGAAACUAAGCAACCGGUAAAAUUUGAUCGCUUACCCGAUGAUCACCAAUGCCGUUUGCAAAUCCACCGAAUGUUAGAUCGUUAUGCAUCUGGAAUACCACGAAACAAAAUAUUUGAAUUAUCAUUCACAAAAUUUCUUUAUCGACGAGUGCUAUUUUUCCUUGGCGGUUUUUAUUCUCUAAAUCAAACAGUAAAACAUUUGGGUACAACUGUCAUGAAACAAAUGAUCGAAGAAGCAAAAACUUUGUCACAAAUAGAUUUCUCAAAUGAUAAUUUCCGUAAAGUUUAUCUGGUCUAUGAUCCGGGCUUUUCGCUUCAAAUUCUACACACAAAUUGGUCCGUUGUGCCUAUCGAAUUGAAACAACUGUUCCGCCAUAGAGAUCCACUGGAAGGAUCGGAAUUUUGUAAUAAGAAUCCGUUUGCGAAAUGUUUAUCGUGGUUAAUUAAUAUCCCAUAUGAUCAAUUUGAACGAUUAAUGAACGAAUCAAAAUUCGUAUUGACGGAAAACUUCGCCUACAAAUUGUUUCACAUUCACGAGCGCAAAUUAACAAAAAUGCCGUUGAUAAUUGAAGGCGACACUGGUAAGGUCUUUUAA